GUUUUAGUUCAGAUCGGAUCAGAUCAUGUGUUCAGAUACUCCACAUGUGCUCAUCCACAGAACCAUGAGCGGGAUCCCAAUGUACUGUACAACGCACAUCAACAUGAAGGCUGUAUGUCCCACUUAAUGGAAUUGGGAAUCUGAGGGAAAUACAUAAUGGAUUCCUGGACAUUUUCGUUCUCACCCAGUAACCUCCCCAGCAAUCUGUCUGGACUCCCCAUGUACGAUGGCAUUAUGUUCGGCAACAUAUCUGAAGAAGGCCUGAGAAAUGAGACUGAACAGGACUUCACCCAAACUAGCACGGUCAUCAUCACCUUCAUGUACUUUGUGGUAUGCGCUAUCGGCCUGUGUGGAAAUGCUCUGGUCAUCUAUGUCAUCCUGCGAUACGCCAAGAUGAAGACGGUUACCAACAUCUACAUCCUGAACUUGGCAGUGGCAGAUGUUUUGUUUAUGCUCAGUUUGCCCUUCAUCGCCAUCCAGUUAGUGCUGGUGCACUGGCCGUUUGGCGCAGCUCUGUGCCGCGUGGUCAUGACUGUGGAUUCUCUCAAUCAGUUCACCAGUAUUUUCUGUCUGAUGGUGAUGAGCAUCGAUCGAUACCUCGCUGUGGUGCAUCCCAUAAGGUCAACCAAAUGGAGGAAGCCUCACGUCGCAAAGACCAUCAACCUGGUCGUGUGGGUCGUGUCGCUUAUCGUCAACAUCCCAAUCGUGAUCAACAGUGGACUGAUCACCAAACCCGACGGCUGCUUCUGCACUAUCGUGUGGCCAGAGCCACAGGAGACCUACUACACCGCCUUCAUGUUCUACACCUUCUUCCUAGGUUUCUUCCUGCCUCUAUUGGUCAUAUGUCUAUGUUAUUUGUUUAUUAUCAUCAAGGUGAAGUCUUCAGGAAUCAGGGUGAGCUCCACCAAACGGAAGCAGUCUGAGAAGAGGGUCACGCGUAUGGUGUCCAUUGUGGUUGCUGUCUUUGUGUUCUGCUGGCUGCCUUUCUACAUCUUCAACAUGACAUCAGUCACAGGCACUAUUAGCACAACGCCUUUUUUAAGGAGCAUGUUUGCCUUUGUUGUGGUGCUAGGAUACGCCAAUAGCUGUGCAAACCCAAUAUUAUACGCUUUCUUGUCAGAGAACUUCAAAAAGAGUUUCCAGAAUGUUCUGUGCUUGAAAAAAGCAAGUGCAUUGGAUGAAGCUGAACGCACUGACAGCAAACAGGACAAGCCACGAAUCAUGAACGAGCCAACAGAAACUCACAACACGCUGCUAAAUGGAGACCUGCAAACCACCAUCUGAAAAAAAAACAUGGGUCAUUGCUCAGCAAGCUGUUGAUUUGAAAUCAAUAGAAACUGUGGUAUUCACAAACAGAGUAAGAGGAGUGACUGUAAACCCAGCAAAUGUGGUUUCCAUUUUAAAGCCUCUCUGAUGGAUGGCUUAGUUAUAAACUCAAAUGGAUGUUUACCUAUUUUUGGUCAUCUUGCCAUAUUUUUCAUUCAUUGGUUAUAGGAUAAGUUCCCCCAUGUCAUCCAAGAUGUUCAUGUCUUUCAUUCUUCAUAUGAAAAUAAAUUAAGGUCUUUGAGGAAAACAUUUCAGGAUUUUUUUUCCAUAUACUUUAUUUUCUCUAUAUUUUAUUCAUUUCUCUGUGGACUUCAAUGGGAGCCAAUAGUAAAUCAUUGUUUUAAUU